AUGUCCAUCCAGUUAUUGCAGCAGCUUGUGCUCAAUGGGGACGAGAUCAAAGAGGAUGUCUGGUGCUACAAUGGCCUAGAUCUCACUCUUGACAAAGUGCUCAAAAUAACCUCUGAGCUCAAAACACAGCUCGAAGUACAGACCACCCUGUGGUCGACUGCUAAAUUGUUGCAGAGACACCCGAACAAUCAACAGCUUCCAAAUCAACAAGCCACCCGGGUGAAACACUUCAUUAAGUUUGUUUUCGGGCCACCUUCCCGUGCCAAAGAUAGGCAACUGCAACUGCGAGAGUUAGACUGCACAUCUCUGAAACUCUGCGGGCUGUCCUUUACAGUUCGAGAGAUCAUUGAAAUGGAUCAGCAGGAGUUUGACUUUCUCGUUGCCAAGCUCGCGAGCUUCGCAGAGGUCCACAAUCUUGCAUUCCUCUUAUGUCGAGACGAUAUAAACAAAAUUGUUCAUGGCGACUUUGAACCCGACGAGGAAGAAAAGUUUAAGGCAUUCCUUCUGGGUAAGUAG